AGCAUGAGAAUCAUUCCACUUCUGUGUGUCAUAGAUUAUGACUGGUAGACUUUGCCCAGUAGCGAUAACUAUGUACAAUAGGGGAUGAAGAGUCCCUAGUAAUAGUUUACAAAUUCUUGAGCAGUAGCUGUACGGACUAAUCAUCUGUGAGAAAGUAAGAAUAACUUGAAAAUAUGCUUCUAAGAAUUUUAACCGGAAUAUGCAGUUUAUAAAGUAAUGAAUUCAAAAUGGAAUGUUUACAGACUGAUUGUGAAGUUUGUUUGUUUGUUUGUUUUUUUAACUUAAAGGAACAUUAUUUCUGUUUUCUGUUUACCCUCAUGCUUCUUAAUUAUUAAUAAUUAUGUGUAUUUAUUUCUAGAUAUUAUGGCAAAUUCUUACCUGAGUGUCAUGGCUCUGGUCCUUUUACUUAAUUAUACUGGAUCUUCAGGGUUCAAGUCACAGGAGACAGGUUUUGGUAUUCCUUACAAUUCCAAAUGCCGGUGGGAUGGAAAGUUCCUGAUGAAUUGUUCUUUUACGGGGAAGUCUACUACCCCCAUGGAUAUAUCACCAACAGUAACAGUACUUGAUUUAAGUUAUAACACCAUCAGUGUCCUACUGUGGUCUAACUGGAGAAAUGAAGAAUGGACUAUCAAACACCUGAAUCUAAGUAAUAACCUGAUUUCUGAAUUCCAUUUAGAUUCCUUCAGAAAUCUACCAUUUUUGGAAACUCUAAACCUUAAUGGUAAUAUUAUCCACUAUAUUGUUCUGGAUAUAUGUAAAUCUGAAGACUGGUCUGAAAAACACAGAAAAGUGUAUACUUAUGGUCUCCUUCCUUUUUUAAAAGUAUUGGCAAUUGAGAGAAAUAAUCUUAGUGCAAUUCCAAGGGGACUAGGAAUGCUGCAGUCUUUACGAAGUGUCCAUCUGUCAUCUAAUGAAAUAUUACAGAUUGAACAGAAUGAUUUUCACAACUGUUCGCAGAUAAAGAAUAUCUACUUACAAAAUAACAAGAUAACCAAAAUUCAUCCUGAUGCCUUCAAGAAUCUCAAAAAAUUGCAGGUUCUUGAUCUCAGCAACAAUGUUAUGACAACCAUUUUACCAGAGAUGUUCAUAGAACUCAACAUAUUUAAUCUUGAAGUGGAUUUAUCAAACAAUCCCUGGAUUUGCGAUUGCAGUCUGAUGCAUUUCAAACAAUUCAUUAGUUUUUUUUCUGCAUCCUUGAGAAAAAAAUUGAAUAUUUUAUGCAGUGAACCUAUCAGCAACCUGGGAAAACCUCUACUGUCUCUCACAAGUUUGGAUUUAAACUGUGAAAUGCUUGUAGAUGAUAAUGUUUCACUAAAGAAAACUAUUAUCGAAAUAGGAGAGACAUCUGUGCUACACUGUGGUGUGGAUGAAACAUGGGGAAAAGAAGAAGUCUAUUGGUGGACUCCUGGUGGCAGAAUUUCCAAAGAUAACUGGCUUCCUCAUAUUAAACAGAAUGAAAUUAACAAUUUAAUUAUAUAUAAUGUUGGGAAAUCUGCAGAAGGACUGUAUGUGUGUAUUUUCAACAAGACAAAAAAAUAUCUGAUCUAUGACGUGGAAGUGAAGCAAAAGCUUUCACCAUUCUUGGUUAGAAAUAUCAGAGAUGUCAAUGCUGUUUUUAGACAAGGAAGAACAGAGCAAGACUUUACCUUGGCAGUCUGCCUCUCCGUGUUCAUCACAUUUGUUUGUGCAUUUUGUCUUGGCGCUUUAAGCAGACCUUACAUUAGUCCCUUGUGGAGACAAAUGUGCAGAAACAAAAGUUCAGCUUCAGAAAACACAUAUUGCAAUCAAAGUUUUUCAGCUGAAACCUUGACAAGAGAGAAUAACAAAACUGCACCAACCAAGGCAUGGCACAAUUCAUCUUCUUUGACUGGAAGCUCCUCAGAAUAUGUGGGCUCCUCUAGCUUGCAUGACGUUGCACUUCAUAACAGAGUAGAAGAAGAAAGAAACCAAGACCAAAGCAGCAACAGUAUCAAAAUAAACAAACAAAAGAUGUCUCCACAUAGUCAAGCAACUGAUUCUGCUAGUGAAGCAGAUAUAGUUACUGAUAAUGAACACUUUUCUUUAAGAUCAGACCAUCAGAACAGCAAAAACGCCAAUCCAAGCCGAUCCACAAGCAGUGAUAUUUCAUCACAUGGUCUAAAAUACUCAGUUAAUGGAGAUUCAUGUUUCACCGGAGGAAAUAACUUUCCGUCCUCUUUAGCCCAAAUACACAUAAAUGGACAGAUACCUGGAAGCAGUGAUGUAAACCAAAGCUUUAAUCUGUUGCAUUCUGAAUUUGCAGCAUCUAUGCUGGAUUCUCCUAGGCUGAGAGAAGUGAUGUCCAAUGCUGAAUCACUGACCAUGCAACAGUUUAAGCCCCAAAAGCAUAACUAUGAUACAGUGCUUGACAUAAAUGAUAACAUGAAUGUAUUUAGUGACAAGGAGGAUCUUAUUUUGCCCAACAGUUAUAAGAAUGAUGUAUAUGAGAAUUUUAACACCUGGCAGGUACAAGGAAACUCUUGUGCUAGCAUACCAGGGUACAGAUCUAAUAUUAAAGCUAGUAAUAAAAACAAGCCAGUUGACAUCUGUAGUGACAGCACCUCUACAGAUGAAGGGUCUGAAUUCACACUAAGUGAUUGUAAUUCCUUAGCAGAAUGUGAAUUUGAGCAAUCUGAUAUUGGCGAUGAUCACAUAACCAGUCAGCCAGGACUGGAAAAAGUUUGCUUAAACAGUGGUACUGAGAAGUUCUCUACAUUGCUAAGGAGUCCUAGCAUUAGCUCUGGAUUUAAAGAUGCAAUGGAAGAACACAAAAAUCAGAAUAAAGAAUGUUCUGAAACAGUUAUUACUUCUGAAUCAGGUACUGGUAUGUCUGAAACAAAUCCACUCACUCUUCAGCUCAAUGCAUCUCAGGUUGAUGAAUCCAGCAGUCACAUAAUUUUGUCAGAUUUAAACCUAGAUGGUCUGCCAAUUUAUGAAACUCCCAAUCUGUUCAAGUCAGAGUAUGUUACCAGUUCACAUUCAGCAAUACAAAACACGAGUUCUAAUUCAUUCUGCAAAUACAAUACAAGUUUUGAUGAUGCAGUUUUAUCAUUAAAAUAUUCUCCCAGAUCUACUGCAGGUAAAGAGGACAGUAUUUCUAAUGCCACUGAUUUGCAACUGGAUCAAUCUUCUGCUCUCACUUUGCAGUUUGACAAGCCUGAUCAGAAAGAUGAAACUGAGAUUAAUAUGGAAGAAAACCAUGUAGCUCAGUGUUCUUCCCUAAAGAAUUACAGCAAAGACAAUUUUACAUUAAAUAUGGCAGAUGUUAACGCACCUCACAUGAGCAACAAUUUUACGUUUACAUGCAUGGAUUUGGGUUCAGACAGGGUCACUAAGAAAGUAUUGUCACCACAGUCCAAUUUAGCUGUUGAUGAAUUCUCUCUUCGGUCCCAUUCUGAAAACACACAUGAGAAACCUGCUCCAAAGAUUACUGAGACACAGAAUUUAUUAGUGCAGCAGCAGCAGCUUAUGAACAUUUCUGACACUUGUGCACAGAGAAUGCAAAAGGGCUUUGAUGAAUACAAGGAAGAACAAUUCUUGUCUGGAAUAAAUAAAGAAAAUUCUAGCCCAUACCAAACAGAACUGCAGUUGCAUAAUAGCAUGGCAGAUUCAAGUCACAUUAGCUCUUCUAAGACAAUGCAUUCAUUUUUUGAUGGAGAACGAUGCUUACAACUGGACCAGGGAAAAGGGAAUGCCUGUUCCUCAUCACAUACCCAAAGCUUUUUAAAGGAAAAUUUACAACACAGUUUAUGUGAGGUCCCAAAGCAUGCAGAAGGAGACACCAUAUCUAAAAGAACUGAUUCCAAGGAGAAUGGAAAUGAAGCUUCUUUGGCAGAUUUGGAAAAUCUACAGAUGGCGGCAGAUCUCAAUAAGUCAAGUGAAAAACCUGACCAAGCAAAUAAGACCAGUUUAGGUCAGGGCACUUUUUUUGUUAAGAAGAAAAGAGUAUUUGAUAGUUUUGCCAACGUUCUGGAAAGCAGGAAAACAAGGGACUGCACAAAUUGAGAAGUAAAUGUUAAAUCACCGUAUAAAGACUUUGUAAUAUUUAUAAGGGCAUGUAAUAGUUAAUACAGCACUAAUGUAUUUAGAUCAGGGUUGUCCAACUUGAGAGUGGCCGGGGUGACACAUGCUGCACCAGUCACAGGCCCUGGGCUACAUGCUGUAUGCUGUGGGUUAGGUGUGUGCGAAUUAGGCCGUAUUCGAUUUGGAUUCGGCCUAAAUUGGGGACAGUCAUUCGAUUAAUUGAUUUGGAUCACUGUCUCAAUUCAGUUCGGUCGAAGAUUCGGAGAAUCAGCGAUUAAGCCAUAGACACAGCUUUAAACGUUUUUUUCUACAUACCUCCAGUUACCAGGCACAGUUCAUGAAUGCACCUCCCGGCUCAGCAAUUGGCCGCAGGGGGACCCCAGGUGCCCCCCCCCCCACAAGACCCAGGAGGCACCAAUCACCAAGUCAGGAGGUGGGGGAAGGAGUCCCCCCAUGCACUCCCCGGUGGACCUGGAAGUGGACCACAAGUGCUUCUGGUCCACUUCCAGGUCUGCUGCCAUGCAUGCUGGGGACCCCACAGCGCUCCCAUGGGAUGCUCCAUCUGCCUCAGCAUUCACAAGCCACCUGGUACCACCUUGAGGUAUGUAGAAAAAACAUCUAAAACUGUGUCUAUGUCCGAAUCUUUCCAAAUCUCUCUGAACUGGUUCAGAGGGUUGUGAUUCGAUUUGGAGAGAUUUAGGGUCUCCUGAUUCAAUUCGGAGAUUUGUCUGCCAAAUUGGACAGAAUCUCUGCCGAAUCAAAUCAGCGACUAAAGCUUCACACAGCCCUACUGUGGGGGCUGCACAGACUCCCUGACACAUCUGUUGCAUGCAGUCCCUCUGCCACUGCUGUGUGAGUAGCAUGAGCCCCAGUGGGUGACUCUCCACCCCCCUGAAUUAUUUCUCUAUGCUUCACUCAUAAAUGUCUUGCUUAUCAUUGUAUUUUCUCGCAUAGCCCAUGCCUGUGUAAGAUGCACACCUUGUUUUUGGAAGGUAGAAUUAAGGAAUAAAUCUUUCCUUGAAAAUACCAGUAAGUAUGGUACAUAGGAAAAAACAUAAGUAUUUAUGGUAUGGUAUUUUCAUAAGGAAAAAGACAAAUAGCAGUAGUGGGGGGAGAAGGGCAAAAAGCCAUGGAUGUCAUCAACAUUGAUGAUCUCCUAUUCAAACGGAAGCACCCAAACACGAUGAGUUGACUGCAGCCAUGGAUCCAGUUUUCCCAGUGUGGAUUUCAGGUUCACCAAAAUUAAUAAAGCACCUAACAAGAGACUGGAAGUCACUCUGGAGGAGCCCCUUGUCAGAAGGGUUUAAAAUUUUAUAAACGGACGAGUUCUGCUAUGAGCUAUCUGACCUAGACCAUAAUGUAACUUAAUCUGAGGAGUACUAGACAUGGAGUCUGUAGCCUAGGAGCGAGUUAAAAAAACUGAUUUGGGAGUCAACUGUCUGAAUACUACUGACUCAGUAAGCUUAAAAGGUUUGUGAAGCCCAAGGUUUAGGUCUUGUAUACCGGACAAGGUGUCACUAGGGAAAUGGGGCUCAGCCAGGACUGUAACAAAGGAUUUUUCUGCAUUCUGGUGACAUUUAGUUUUAUUUUCUUCUGCAAGUCCAAGAGGACAGGCCAAGUGUGCUCAGGGUCCAGCCCUCCCUCCAGUUCCUUUCUCUAGACAUGUCUGGUUACUUAUUACUGCUUCUGUUUCUACUAGGGAGCUGUCCAAUAAAGAUCUAAUGGUA